AUGACCUCACUGCUGCACUUCUGGACCAUUUCCGCCCACUUUCGCCUUGGUGAUCUUCCCAACGAUUACCAGCCGGAUGAGCUCGCCACCAGUGCAGGUCUUAGAUGCCAUGGACUGUACGACAAAGACGGUGUGGUCUCUGGAGAUGUAUGGGCUUGUGACGAUUGGGAGCCGCCUUCAAGUGGAAUAUGUCAGCUGCUGGUUCUUUCUGAGGGAUUACCCUUUUACAACGAAUACGAGGAGUACAAAAUCGAGACAUACGAGGCAAACGUACGCCUGAUUCGCGGUGGUGACGAUGCCAGGGUAGAUGAGGACAGAGCACAUAUCAAAGCACUCGAUGCUGACAGCAUCAUUGAGGUGGACGAGGUUUCUGAAAGUGGAUCUGAAAUUGAUGAGAACGAAGGUCAGGUACAAGUUGGGCACCUUUUCAACAUGUUGCUGGUUCAGCCCGUCUCGAACUCCCACGGUCUUCCCUUGGUGGAGCGCAUCGGUCAUGGGAAGCUCUUCCGGGAUGCACUCAACUAUCCGUGUGAUCCUGGAGUCAAUUGGGAGGAAAUUCUUCUCGUUUGA